AUGCAUCUCCUCUCCACCAUCUUCCCCAUUUUUUCCCUUAUCCCCGCCGUCCUCUCUCAUGGCUACGUCUCCGGAAUUGUAGCAAACGGCGUUUACACUUCCGGCUGGCAAAUCUCCUACUGGUACGACGUUGUAAACAAGGUUCCUUAUCCACAAACUCCCGGAUGGUACGAGGAGGCGUUGGAUAUUGGGUUUAUUGCGCCUGAUCAGUAUUCGAGUUCCGAUAUAAUAUGCCAUAAGAACGCAGUAAAUGCAAAUGUAUCGGCUACUGUUGCUGCAGGAGGAACAGUACAAUUCCAAUGGACUACCUGGCCGCAUAACAUUGGGCCAGUGUUGACCUAUGUUGCUAAUUGUGGGGGAAGUUGCGCUGCUGUCAACAAAGCCAAUCUCAAAUGGGUGAAGAUCGAUCAAUCAGGUAUCAAUUUCAACACACAAGUCUGGGCCACAGGAGCCUUAAUGGCGAACAACAAUACCUGGACGACCACUGUACCAAAGACACUUGCUGCCGGACACUACGUAUUCCGCCACGAAAUCAUCGCGCUCCACGGUGCCACAACAGCCAAUGGCGCACAAAACUAUCCUUUCUGCGUUAACAUUGAUGUGACGGGCUCUGGAACAGCAAAACCUGCGGGCGUGGCAGCAACGACCUUCUACAAGGCGACUGACCCAGGAAUUUUGUUUAAUCCUUAUGUAACUUUGAGUAGUUAUACCAUCCCAGGACCGGCUUUGUGGACUGGUUGAGUUGUGAGGGAUGGAUAUGAACUGUGGAGAUGGGGAAAGGGGAUGGAUUGUGAAUGAGGUCAUACGCGGGGGAAUAUGAUGUGGAUUUGAUAAGGGGUUGUAGGAUUGAUGGGUUGUGGGAGGAUUGGGAGAUGCAGAAUGACUGAUCGUUCGUUUUCGAAACGUGGAAUGAGAUGGAAUUGGAUGUUUGCGUUUGUAAAUAGUUUGACCAUCCAAUUGAACUUGUAUAUACGCGAGUAAUCAUCUUUGAUGAUAUGAGACAUGCCACUUGGGAGGUGUUAUCCUGUCGGCAAAAAUAAAUCUCUUAGAGA